CAGGUCGCGCCUGCGCGCCGAGGGACUUACGUCGGCGUCAUGUCUCCAGCGGAAAAUGCGUGCGGCCUGGAGCUAGAGGCUGGGGCUUCGGCAUCAGGGCCUGUGGCUGGGGAUGUGACGGGCUGAGGUAGCAACUUAGAUCGAAAGCCGACGCCGUGUGGACAGCUUCGCUUUUCAUCAUCCAGAAAAUGGCAGCGCGGAAGCGGAAAGCGGCCUCGAGUGCGGAGCGUGGGUCAAAUCAUGGAUCAAUAAGAGGUGGACCUUCAACCAAAAAGCAACGUUUGGCGGAAAAAGCAAAAACUGAAUUGAGAGGGUGUGCAAAGCAGUCAGCUGUUCAAUUGCAGAAGGCAUCCACUAAAAAAGAAGCUUUGAAAUUGCUGAAAGGAACUGUUAAAGCAAACAGAUUAUCAGCAAAAAUAACUGCAAAACUCAAGGGGAAAGGCACAAAACUGAUUAUUAAUAAAAAUGAAAGGAUGGCUCCUUUGAAGAAGAAAUCUGUUAAAGCUUUGCUUAAAAAACGUGUAUUACUGAAAUCUUCCCAUCAAAAGAAAACCGUAGCUCCCCCAGUAUCGAGGAGGAGAUCUUGCAAAUUACAGCAUGAAAGUAAAACCAGGGAAAAACAAACGUGCGCCAAAACUCAAUGUAAGUCAAUGCCAGUGAAAGUUCCACAGAAAUUGCCUCAGAAUAAUAGAGCUUCGCAGUCACCACUCACACAAAAAGAUCUUCGUAUUUCCAAAGAGGCCACCUUUAAAAAGCUUCCUUUAAAAAUGACCUCAAGAGCUUGUUCUCAGAAAAAUGUUCCACAGAAGCCAAGUAAAUCAUCUAAAAUUAAAUCUCUUCAAAUGGUUGUAAAUACUGUGAAAACUGCAACAAACAAAUCCCACUCAAAGAAAAAUGUUCAAGUUCAACUGAAGUCAACCAUGAGGAUAUCAAAAAUGAGUCCUGCAAAGAAAGCUCGAAAAUCCUCGUCAGUAACUGCUAGGACCUCGACGAAGCAGCCUCUCCAUAAAGCAGUUAAAACUGUGGCACGCAAGAGUAAUCAUGCCAAACAGUUAACCUCAUAUAAAGCUUCUGAAACUGUGGCAAAAAAAGUUUCUUCUAAGAAAACUUCCGUGAAGGCACAGAUUAACGCACAAUCUGCAAAGAAACUUCAGGAAAAAAAGACAGUAAGAUUAAAAUCAUCACGGCAUCAUUCUACAGGUAAGGAUAAGCUUCAGCCUAAAGAUGUAAAACCUCAAACUAGAUCUAGUCAAAAACAUACAAAAGAAAAUAUUCCACAGGUAGUAAAAUCCAACCAAAUACUAAUUGAAAAGCCAACUAGAUCAUCUCAGAGACUAAAUCCGGGCCCUUUGUUGUCAACAAAAUCAUCCUUUUCCAUAGACAGCAAAACUAGUGCAUUUCCUUCUCAAAGAAAACUGAGAAAAAGAGCAUUUAAUGAUAUAUGUUCUAAAAGUCCUGAAAAUGCUUUGCCUAUGCAAAAAUUAAUUAAAGUAGAAAGUAAGCUUGGAAGAACGAAGCUGAGCAAAGUUACAGAAGCUCCAAAAGAGCAGGCUUCCAAUGUUGCACAAACAAAAUUAGAUGGUAAAUUUGGGAGAAAAGCCCCAGCAGCAAAAGUUUCAACUCCCAAGAAACAAAGUGCAAAGGUUGUCAAAACAGUGGCAUGUAUUGCAGAUGAAAGAAAGAUUGAUCUGGAGAACAGACAACUUCCUGCAAUUAAUAAGACUUCAACUGUUUCUGAAGAUCCUCAAGAAAAAUCAGAAUCUGGAAAGCAAAUUCCUAAAGACCCAUCUGAAACAAAAAUCAAAAAAAGUGCUUCACAGACAACAUUGCAGAAAAAUGGGAAACACUUGGAAGGCCAGGUUCAGAAAUCGGCCACGGCAAAUUGCAGUAUCAAAGAUACGAAAGGAAAAUGUGGAACAAAACCACCUGCAAAGAAACAAAGUAAAUCUAUGAAUAAUGUGCAAAAUAAGAAGUCCAAUCAUUCUCUGAAAGGACAUCUACAAGGUUCAAAACAAUCACGAAAAGUUAAUUGUAAAGCUAACAACGCUGUUUCUGCUCCAAACACAGGUACAGAAAACCCAUGUCUGCAAACUGAAAAUGAUGUUAAGUGUAAACGUCAAAGUAUUCUUGAGCUAUGUGAAGAAAUUGCAGAAGAGAUAGCUUCUGACACUCUUGAUCUUUCAGUAAAACAGGAACCUGCAAAGACAGAAGAUGAAAAUAUUCAAAAAGAACCAGAAGCCAUAACCCCUGAAGAUAUUGAGAAAACCAAUCUGGCUAAGCCAGUUUAUUCCAGCCUAAACAGAUUUCAAUUUUCAGGACAAAAAUGUGUGAACCGUAAACUUGUUGAGCAUAAUAAAUACAUAACUACAAGAUAUAGUUUACAUAAAGGAGGGAACAGUUGGACCAGAAUUAGGCAAAUUAAAACUGAUCAAAAAAAGCUAACUACCAUCAAUUCUACCUAUGAUAAGUUUAGAAAUUUGCAGGUUAGGCAAGCUGUUUCACAGGUAGUAGUUCAAACAAUUAGGAAGGUAGAGAAAGUGAAGCUGCCAAAUGGGGUGCCUGUCCAGACCAAAGAAGAAAAUGUUAUCACGUAUGAGCAACAUAAAUCAAAAACUGUUACUUCUCAAGUGGAACUUGGGAAAUCCUCCAAUAGCGAUCGUAAAUCAUCUGAAAACGGUACACCUGAAGAAAUAACAAAACUAGCGAAAUUGUUUGGCAAAAAAGAGGAUGAGACAGAGAUGCCAAAAAUGGAAACUGAAUCUGAAGCUGAUGAGAGUUUUAGGUUACAUUUGGAGUCGAGCCCUGAAUGUAGUCCAGAAAAGAGCUGUGCCACUGAAGUACUGCUGAAACCAGUUAAAGAGCAAUUGGAAAAUGGAUCAGAAGGGUCAUUGCUGAAAGAAACGGUACGGACUCUGUUCAGUAAUCCUGAUUCAUUGAAGAUGAAUGCCAGUGUAUCUUUGUCUAAUCAGCCAACUGUAGUAAAGAACACUGCAGAUCCCUCUGAACUUUCUGUACAGAAAGAAACUAAACCAAUCAUCACAGCAGGAGGUGGAGUUCAGCAAUCAAACAUCGAUGCUGGACAGAAAAGAAUCGGAGCUAUUUCUUGCACCACAUGUGGAAUGUUGUAUGCAGCUUCUAUUCCAGAAGAUGAAGCUCAGCACUUUCAGUUUCACAAACGUUUUAUUAGUGCUGUAAAAUACGUGGGCUGGAAGAAGGAGCGAAUUUUAGGUGAAUAUCCUGAUGGUAAAAUAAUAAUGGUUCUUCCCGAUGAUCCAAAAUAUGCCUUAAAAAAGGUUGAGGAGAUUCGAGAAGUUGUUGAUAAUGACCUUGGGUUUCAGCCAGCAGAACUUAAGUGUCCUUCCAGGACAAAGACACUUCUUUUCAUCUCCAAUGAGCGGAAAGUAGUUGGCUGUUUAAUUGCAGAACACAUACAGCAGGGCUUCAGAGUUAUAGCAGAUAAAGCCAAUCAGCAAUCAUCAAGUGAUGCAAUUAUGCUUGAACGCCAACGAGCGUGGUGUUGUUCAACCAAUCCAGAGCCUGCAAUCUGUGGAAUAAGUAGGGUAUGGGUCUUCAGUAUGAUGCGGCGGAAGGCAAUUGCAACAAGAAUGACUGACUGCCUUAGGAGCAGUUUUGUAUAUGGAUCAUAUUUGAGUAAAGAUGAGAUUGCAUUCUCUGACCCGACUCCAGAUGGCAAACUUUUUGCGACGCAGUAUUGUGGAACACCCAGAUUCCUUGUAUACAACUUUGUCAGCUAACCUCACACAGAUUGAUAUGAGACUUCGCAAAUAAUGGUGAUGAUGUCUUAAUACAGCUUUUGACAAUUGGUGUAGUUGUGUGUGAACUCUUCACAAAUGUGACCCAUGGUUUUGGGAGCUAGACUGAAGGAACUGUUACUUUUUAUUAAUGUGAACUCAGGACUGACUGCAACCAAAUGGUUGUUUUUAUAUUUUAGAAAACUGGAAUGGAUGCAGUAACAUUUGAAAAAUCUGAAUUUUAUUUUUAUUUUGAAACUGAAAUAGUUUGACUCUUUCAGAAAAGCAUGCCUUUUAGUUUAUUCAUGUUUACAGAUUUUAUGUAAGGCA